UGUUUAUUAAGCCAGACUUUCUUUCGGCUCGUCAGGCGAUGAAUGGAUUUGGCUCUGAUCUUCCCUCCGACUUCCCGAUUUAAGAGUGAAGAGAAAGCGGAUUAGUUCAAGAUGCCCUUUGAAACUCAGGCAUUGUCUCAAGAUGAACUCCGAAAGAGAUUGUAUCAGACAUUUAAGAAUCGGGGUAUUUUGGACACCCUCAAGACUCAACUUCGAAACCAGCUCAUACAUGAAUUGAUGCAGCCUGUUUUGAGUGGAGAAGUACAGCCACAAUCCAUUCCUGUUGAAGGAAGCUCACUAUUAGUUGGAGCUUCUAAUAGUCUUGUAGCAGAUCACUUGCGUAGAUGUGGCUAUGAAUAUUCACUCUCUGUUUUCUUUCCUGAGAGUGGAUUAGAAAAAGAAAAGGUAUUUACUAUGCAAGAUCUACUCCAGCUGAUUAAAAUCAACCCCAAAUCCAGUUUCUACAAAUCAUUGACAUCAAAGAUUCAAAAAGAGAACCAAAAAGGUUUUCUCAUGCAGAUUUUGAUGGAAUUGACAGAAUAUCAUCUAUCCAGGGAAAGUUGCAAUAUGGAGACUCAAACAAGUUCGGCAUUAUUGCCUUCUGGUGAAUCUCUUGCUGAAAAAUUUCAACUCAUUGAUGAGCAAUUUGCAGAUAUUUAUCCUCAACGCCUUAAACUGGAAUCAUUAGAAACAAAGCUCAAUGAAUAUAAGAAAGAAAUAGAACAGCAACUUCAAUCAGAAAUGUCUCAAAAGUUGAAGCAUUUUAAAGAUAUCGAAAUGGCAAGAAUGAGGAUGGAAGAAAAAAGAAGACUCCAGAAAGAAAUGACUGAACUGCGGCAAGAGUUUGAAAAAACACACCAGGCAAAAUCCGAAGCUCUAAUUUUUCGAGAAAAGAAUGCUAUUGAAAGACUUCAGAAGCAUCAGGAGAUUGAAGCAAAAGAAAUUUAUGUCCAAAGGCAGGGUUUGCUGAAAGACAUUGAAAUGGUAAGAAGUAGAGAAGUUGAACUGAAGCAAAGAAUUGAAGCUUUUGAAUUAACCCAGAAGCUACAAGAAGAAAAAUAUAAAAACCUGGAAGAAUCUGUGAGAAGAAGGGAGCUGAAUGUAAAGAGCAUGGAGGAUGCAUAUGAACAAAGGCUCAAGAGUGAACUUCUAAAAUAUCAGCUUGAAUUAAAGGAAGAAUAUAUUACCAGAUCCAAUAGAUUAAUUGAAGAAGAGCAAAAGAAUAAAGAGAAAGCUAUGCGUUUACAAGAAGACGCCAAUGCUAUUAAUUCAAGAAGGGAAGAACUCAGAGAAGCUGUAAAUCGUGCCAAAGAUCUUGAGCUUGAAUUGGAUUCUCUCAAAGGACAGAUUUUAUUAGUAACAAAAGAGAAUCAGUUGCUGAAUGAAAAACUUAAAGAUACUACAGAUUAUCUGCUUUUAAAAGAAGAGAGACUGGAGCUUCAAGCACAAAUUAAAUUACUUAAACAGCAACUGGAAGAGAUUAGAAAUGAAAACAUGCAACUUCAAAGAAGAUCUUCUCAGCCAUCGGCUGAACUUAUAGCCUUACAGAAAGAAUCAAAGGUGGCAGAAAAUGCAAGAAAGCUUGAACAGAUGGAAUUUGAGGCUAAAAAACAAGCCCUGGAAAAAAGGCUCCAAAAUGAGAUUGAACGUUGUUCUCUCCUGAAGAAUCAGAUAUUAGAUUAUGAAACUUCUACAAGAAGGUUAAAUAUGCAGAUCGAAGACUUGAAAUUGCAGCUUAAGCAAACUCAAACAGCUUUAGAAAAUGAAGUAUAUCGAAACCCAAGGUCAUCAUUGAUUAAUCGCUCAGUCAUUGAUUUCACAAGUGACAAGAUUGUACCUCAUGAUAUUUAUAUGGAGAAUUUCUUGAAAAAUCAGCUCUUUUCUGAUGCUAUUGUUCAGUCAGAAGAUCUUCUGAGGAGCAAAUAUUGCCAGCCUGUGAGAAUUGAGAGUGCUUCUACAGAUGCUGAUCUUGAAUUUGUAGCUAAUACCAAAGCAAGGGUAAAAGAACUAGAGAAAGAGGCAGAGUACUUAGAAGAAGCCUACAGGAAUUACCAGCAACGAGUUAUUCAAGCUACAAGGAAAAGCCCUUCCCCAGCAAGGAGUCACUCUCCUUCACUUUUUCCAGCAGUUCUAAGUAGUAGCAUUCAUGAAAAAGUUAUGUUUGCAGAGGAUAAGUUUGUUUCUGAGCAGCUUCCACUCAGUAGUCUGAAAGAUGAAAAAGGUGAUGCAAUGUCUGAUUACCAAACUCCACAGCAAAGGAGAAUCCCUUCUCCUAGAAGGCUUUCCUCUACUCCACGUUCAAAAACAAGGAGAAGCCUUAGUAACCAAAUGUAUUUAGCAGGUAAUGGGUCAUUUGUUGGGUCUCCCUGUCAUCUUGCUGACAAAAUUCCAUCACCAAUUCCAAAGACAACUCAACUAUCUUCUGCUGUAUCUGCUCCAAAUAUCUCAAUUGCUUGCUUACCAAGCAAUCAAGAACAGAAAUCAAGUUAUUAUGAGAAGCACACUGAUCAAGAUAUAAGUGAUUUUUCAAAUGCAGAGAAAUCAGGCAUUGAGGAUGUUCAAAAUGAAUCUUCUUUGGAAUAUGGUGGGAACAUUCCAAAGGAACUUGAAAUAGAUGUGUUAUAUCCAGCAGGAGAUAUGGUUCCCACUAACAGAGUCAUAGACACUGUGCCAACAAUAACUACUUUGCAUCAAGAUCCAAUAAUGCUAGAUCUAGAAGAACAGGAGACAGAAGAAAAAUGGGAAGAGAAACGGAGAGAGAGAGAGGAAAAGCGGCAGAGAGAAAGAUUGGAAACUUUUGAAAAGGAACAAAGAGAACUACAAAAACUAGAUAAAGAAAUGAAAUUGCUUGAAGAAUCAUUGAAAAGUGAAGUAGAAAAAGAUAUCAAAGAGUUGGAAAUCAUCAACAAAGAAAUUGUCAAUCCCCUAGAGAAAUAUAUGAAAAUCAUCCAACAAAAUAAAGAUCAGGAAUCAGUAAAUAAGAGCUCAAAAAAGGAGGUUGUGGAAGAAGCAUCAAUUGAAGAAACACUAUUGUCUGAUAAUAAAGCUGAAAGUUUGUCAGCUUCUGAAGAACCAGAUGACUUUUGGUGAGAGGUUUGCUUCCCAGGUUCAUACUCAUAACAGUAUGUUGUAUUAAAUUUAAACCCAGGUUUUUAGUGAUGUAGACCAGAAUAUUUAAUAAAAAUUUUACAUAGAAAAUCUA